GUGGUGGCUGCCUACGACUUCAGGGCUUAUCUUAGGUUUAAACAUUAAUUCCAGCCCUGUGGACAGUCUGUUCCAGCACUGUCCUGUUCCAGAUACAGCUUCCAAUGUCGGGCGUCGGGGAGAUUUUGAAAGCAGUUGGUGAUUUUGGGCCAUUUCAGAAAUGGCUGGUGCUGCUCACCUUGCUUCCAUGCUUCACUCUGUCUUUCCACCAGUUUUGCCAGCUUUUUAUGGUUCCCCAUGAGCCUCAUCACUGCAACACCAGCUGGAUCUGUGCCAUUGGCCCCAACCUGACAGAGGAAGAGCAGCUGAACCUCACCCUGCCCCGGGAUGCGGAUGGGGCAUACGAGCAGUGCUCCAUGUACUCGCCGGUGGACUGGGACCUCGACUCCAUUGUGGCUUAUGGCCUGAAUGCCACAGAGAAGUGCAGCAGUGGCUGGGUGUACCCCUCAGCACAAGCACCGUCCCUGCUGACCGAGUUUGACCUGGUGUGCGACAGGAAGGACCUGAAUGACAUCUCCCAGUCCAUCUACAUGCUGGGGAUGUUCCUAGGAUCCAUGAUCUUUGGGCCACUGAGUGACAGGAUGGGCCGCCGGACAGUCAUUCUGAUCUCCAUGUUUCUCCAGGGCUUGUUUGGGGUAGCAAUCGCCUUUGUACCCCAUUUCGAUGUGUACAUGGCCUUCAGAUGUGUCGUGGGGGCUUCAGUGGCAGGGAUCACCAUGACGAUGCUGUCCUUGGCUACAGAAUGGGUCGGUGUUUCACACCGGCCAAAGGCAGUGCUUACUUCUCAUUGUUGCUUCGCCAUCGGUCAGAUGAUUUUGGCUGGCUUGAGUUACGGUAUUCACAACUGGAGGCUGCUGCAGAUUGCAGGAUCUGCUCCUGUGUUUGCUCUUUUCUUCUACAUCUGGGUGCUCCCAGAAUCCGCUCGGUGGCUGGUGAUAAAAGGCAGGAUAGAAGAAGCUAAGAAGGUCCUUCAGAAGGCAGCAUCCAUCAACAAGCGCACCCUCCCACCGGAGCUCCUGGAGCAGCUGAAGCCCGAGGCUCAGCCCAAGCCUGGAAGCACUCUGGAUCUCUUUCGGAAGAAGCACCUGCGGAAGGUGACUUUAAUCAUGACCUGCACCUGGUUUGUGAGCAGCCUUGUCUACUACGGGCUGAGUCUGAACGUGACAAACUUUGGUCUGGACAUCUACCUGACACAGCUUGCCUUUGGAGCAGUGGAAAUCCCUGCCCGUGUUGGUUGUAUCUUCACGCUGCAGUGGUUCGGGAGGAAGAAAACCCAGGCUGUUCUCCUGAUACUGAGUGGCCUCAUGUGUCUGGUCAUCAUUGGCAUCCCUGAAGACCAGCCCGUGGUGACCACCGUCCUGGCCACCAUCGGCAAGUUUACAGCCACGGCCUCCUUCUCCACUUCCUACAUCUACUCCGCAGAGCUCUUCCCCACGGUCAUCAGGCAGACUGGUGUGGGGCUGUGCUCGAUGUCGGCGCGGCUGGCAGGGAUCAUGGCACCCUUGAUGCUGCUGAUGGAGCGGUACCACCGGGCCAUCCCCAUGGCCGUCUUUGGCAGUGUCACUGUGGUGGUGGGGCUGCUCUGCUUCCUGCUGCCCGAGACCCGCGGCACUGACCUGGCGGAUGACACAAGGGAUGGCUGCCCCCCAGCCCAGGUCUGUGAAAAUGCCAACAGCAGCUCUGAAAAUGGGCAUGUGAAAGGAAAAGGUGGUGGCCAAGACAAUGAGCACACAAAGAGCACUCAGUUCUAGCUGGGCCUGCAAGCGGCUCUGGCUGAAGGCAACUAGUGCUGUGCCAGCACCGGGGACAGGCAGGGUCUCCGUUUGCAGGACACCACCACCUCUCAAGUGAUCACUGCCAAUUCUUGUCUUUCCUUUCCUUUUUGCUUUCUUGCCUCUCCCCCUAUGGCUUGUUCUCAGGCACUGUGUGCUCUCUGGUGUUCUACAGUGCUGUUGCUGGAGAAAAUCUGAUGCUUUUCAUGUAAGGGUGUGUGGGUUUUGUCUAGGAUAGAGUUUGUUUUCUUCAUAGUAUCUGGUAUGGGGCUGUGAUUUGGAUCUGUGCUGGA